UCUUUUCCACUCUCAAACUCAAACUCAUCCUCACUUCUAAACGCAAUUCAAAUCCUCUCUCUCUCUCUCUCUCUCUAAGAAAAACUAGUUCCCUCUCAUCUCAUAUCAUGGAGGCUGCUUUUGAGUUUUCUUCGGAACUUGAUCGCAUCAAGCUUCACUUGCUUGGUGAGCUUUCUCCUUUAGGAAUGGGAGCCUUUUUCUCUAAUGAUACAGAGGUUUCCGCUUCUGAAUCUCAAUCCAACUCUUCUUCUUCUUCCUUGAGUUAUCGAACUUCGAGUUUGGACUCUAACGAGCUUUCUUCCGACUCUUCUAUGGCUUUUGAUGACUUGUUUAGCUCUAACGGCCUUUUUGACUUUACUUUCCCAACUGAUUUCCCUCAAUUCGAAGUGAAGCCUGAAAUCAUCGACUUAUCUACACCGAAACCCCUCGAUUCAACAAACUGUUGCUCCGAAUCCGAACUGAAACCGACUGUACCGAAAACCCUAACUGAAUCGAACAGGAAGCCAUCGCUGAAGAUCUCGCUCCCGAGCAAGGGCACAACCGAAUGGAUCCGGUUCGGUAACCUGGAUCAGCCACAACCGGAACCAUCGGUUUCGGCAGUACCCGUACCCGCAGCACAAAACAAUAACAACAGCAAUUCGGGCGUGGAAGAGAAGAAAAGGCACUACAGAGGAGUCCGACAAAGGCCAUGGGGCAAGUACGCCGCGGAGAUCCGAGACCCGAACCGACGUGGCUCUCGGGUCUGGCUCGGGACCUUCGACACCGCCAUCGAAGCAGCUAAGGCUUACGAUCGAGCCGCGUUCAAGCUCCGCGGCUCGAAAGCCAUACUCAAUUUCCCGCUCGAAGCCGGGAAGCCUGAAACGACGGCAGCGACUGUCGUUUCGAGCAACGACAAAAAACGACGCCGUGACGAAGAAGAGCAAGUGGUUGAGGAAGUGAAAGUUGUGGUGAAGAAAGAGAGAGUAACGGAAUCUCAAGACGUCAUGAGUUAUUUGAGGGAUAUUCCGUUGACGCCGUCAAGUUGGACGGCGGUAUGCGAUUGGGACACUGACGUUAAAGGGAUAUUUAACGUUCCUCCGUUGUCGCCGUUAUCUCCCCACCCUCAGAUGGGUUAUCCACAACUCAUGGUGGUAUGAGAAUGAGAGUGCUUUUUAAAUUAAAAGUUAAAACAUGAACAUUUUUAGUGUGUGAGUGGAUGAGGCUUACUAUACUGGUGGUUUACUAAGCCCACCUCAUUCAAAUUUGUUGUUACCAUUGUAUUUAUUUUGAUUUUCACUAGAAUCACAAGUAUCCAAAUGCAGGCUUUUGUAUGGGUUUUGUUUUGGGAAUUCAUGUGUGUACAUUCAAAUUGGAGAGGUUUUAUGUUA